AUGGCAGGCUACAUUUCAUCUAUAGACUAUAUAUGCGAAUUAAAAAGAACGCAAUUUAGUAUAGUACUAGCAGAAAAGAUAUAUGGCUUUAAAGCACUGGAAACUUGAGUUUCAUAACAAAUAACAAUUAAAGAUGAUUUAAAUGCACAGUGAUAAAUUUUUUAUAAAUAUUUAGAAAAUUAUUUUAAAAAAAAAUGGCUCAUUGGUUUCAUCGCAAUCUACUAAAAGCAACAACAAAUCAUAAAUUCGAAUUAAAACAUAAUGAUCCUACUGAUGCUACAAGAAAACUUUGUAGUGAUUUAAGAACCUGUCGGAUUCGAUUAUUAGAUCUUUUAAAGAAUCCAAAUAAUACAAGUACAUCAGUGGAACCUGCCUUUAUUUCUUAUCUUUCUUUGCUUUAUGGCUUUAUAUGGGAGGUCGACGCUUUAAGUGAAGAAAAUGAACAGAUUGGUGGACCAAAUCCAAGCAAACUUAGAAAUGUAUUUGUUUUUAAAUGGACUCAUACUCUUCUUGGACAAGGAACUGUUUCCUUUGCUGAUUCUGUGUAUGAAGCAGCAAAUAUAAGUGUAAUUCUUGGUUUAUGGUUUAUGAAACAUGCUGCAAUGAUUGCUUCAAAAAAUGAUAUUACGAUGAGUGAAGCAAAAGAAGUAUAUAUCAUGAUGAGAAGGGCAGCUGGAAUAUUUACUUUUGUACAGACAGAAUUUUUACCCCAAUUAUCUAAUCCAUCACCAUUGGGUAGUGAUUUAGAUCCUCGUGUUAUAAAUGCUUAUGUCAAUCAAUGUACUGCAGAAGCUCAAGAAGUAACUGUUGCUCGAGCUGUUGAGUUAAAACACAAACCUAGUUUAAUAUCUGCAUUGGCUAAUGAAACAAGUAAACUCUUUUUUGAUGCAGCCAAUACUUUAAGAUCCUUUAAGGCUGAAAUUUCAGGACAAUGGAUUAAAUAUUUGGAAUUUAAGUCAAAAUUUUAUCAAUCAUAUUCAUAUAAUUACUGUGGAGAACACUUAUUGGCAAUGGACAAAUGUGGAGACGCAAUAAGAGCUUUAAAAGAAAGUGAACUAUGCUUGAUUAAAGCCAAAACAUUUUGUGCAGAAUAUAGUAAAAUUCAUGGACCAGCGCCACGUGUAAAGCCUGAUCAACAUACUGUAUUUAAACGCUUAUCUCCUUUGGUUGCACGUACACUUGAUAAAUGUGAACGUGAAAAUAUUUUAAUAUACCAUCAUUCUGUACCUCAAGAAAUACCUGUACUUGAUACUAAAGCUACAUAUGGAUUAGUAAGUCCUAUUGAUUUUCACAUGCCGGGUUGUAAUUCUUUGUGGUAUCUGGACAUCUACAAAACAUUAACUGGUACAGAAACACCUAAAAUAGACAAAGAACAAGAUUUACCUCUAGUUAAGGAAGAGGAGAUAUCUCAAAAUAAUAAAGAACCUAAAAAUGAAAGUGGCUGUACAUUACAGUAGGAAUUUAUCUCAUUCUUAAUAAUGAAAUUAAGAAAAUGAUUUAAAAAUGAAAAUGCCUUUAGAUUUUUA